AAUGCUAAAGUAAGAUAUGGCGUGAAGAAACGUCUGUUCUUAAAGAAUGGGCAUGCUACUGUUAAGAGCUAGAUCAACAAAGGUAGCGACUUUCCAUGGUCCAUCACAGCAUUUACAGCAUCCCGAGCGUCACAGAACAGAUGAAAGAGCUCAUCCGGACGUCAGAAAAGCCCGAGUCGCAACAAGAGUGCCACUUGCUGCUAAAAGGAGACGAGGCAACAGCCGCCAUCAAAGUGUUUUUGGGAUGAGAGAAAAAGAGGCACAGGCAAUCGAAGUAAGUGUGUGUGAGUCAAAGCUCCUCUUUUUCUUCACAGCCAUCGCUUGAGUGUUUUAAUUUCCAAGUUCUACGUCAUCACAGAUCUCUCCUCCGGGAAGAAAGAAAGAAGGAACGAACUUCUUAAGUGAUAGGAGCCGAGCCCGAAGGAAUAGAAUGGAAAAAGAAGAAAGAGCUCGGUCGGCGGCAGUACGCUUGGUUGGAACGAGGGCAACACAGAACGAGAAAGAUUCGUGGAAUAUCUGUGACGCGAGACAUUGACGGGCAUUUACAGUGACGAGCAAAGCAUGGCUAGGGUUAGUAGCGAUGGCGGAGAAAGCGGGAUCGCCGGAUGCGGAGCCCACCGUGGCAGCAGCAAUGUGACGCGUCUAGUUGUUUAGAUCAGUGCCGGACGACAGAUCACAGCAAAGAGGGGAAAAAAACAAAGAAUUUCUUCUCACGAAUUCUUCGAGGCCGCAUUCUUUCUUGGAAGAAUCGCGCAGUGGGCAGAGUUUCUUACAGCGGCAGCUAGAGCUAGAGAGCUGGAUUUCUAGAUUCCGCAGCCGAGCAGUCAGCGUCUCUUCUCCAACGAACAAAUCGCCCGGAUCGUGCCGUGGAGACAGCGAAAUCCUGGGAAGAACAAGGCGCAAGAGGCCGAGGAACACGAGGAAGGCGAGGAUCGGUGGAAAUAUUUCCGCUGGCUAGGGUAUGAUGCAGAAGCCACAGCAGCAGAUUCCAGCUCCUCCUCCGCCCGGCCAUGGCCAUGGCGUCCUUGGCGGAGCGGCGUCGCUCCGGGCUCGCGGCUCCGCCUCUCCGGCAGCGCCGAAUUCCGAGGUCGAUCCGUCGGUUUCCUCCGCUGCUAGCGUCUCCGGCAGCGCGGGUCUUCCAUUUGGAUCGCUCCCGGCGUGGCCGCAGACGCAUCUCCUCCAGCACCAGGGCCAGCAGGCAGCCGUGGAUGGGCAGCUCCAAUCCCAUCUCUAUCUCCAGCAUGCGCUACAUCUCGCGCAGAGGGCUAUCCAGCAGCAAGGAAGCAAGGCGGCGCCUGGAUCAAACAAUAUGAAGCUCCAGGAGUUUAUGCAGCUCCAAUCUGCCAUGGCUGCUGCGCAGGAUCGUGCUCUAUCCCAGCAGCACCAGCAGAUGUCUCGUAGUGAUGCCGCUGCCAAGCCACAGCAAACUUCUCCACCUGGGAACCAGAAUCAAGGACUCCAACAACAGCGAGUUCCCAGCUCCAUGGCUUUUCUUUUCGGACAGAAUCCACAGAGCUUGGUGGGCUCUUCGCCGGUCCAGCCGAGGACUGGAGAUGCCAAUCCCCGGAACAAUUCUCCUCAGCAGUUCAUGUCGCCGGAGAUGCUCCAAGCUCGCAUGCUCGCCAUGCAGCAGCAGCAGCAGCAGCAGCAACAAAAGCUUGCCAGCGAGACUCCGCAUUUGAGACUGGGGUCGCAGAUGAUCUCUCCAGCUUCUUCGGACCAACAAGAGCCGCAGCCGCCACCUUCCAACGUUGCUGGUUUCGGGCAUGCCAGUGACUUGCUCCCCAAUCUUCGUGGAGGAUUUCCUCAGCAGCAUCAGCAGCAACAACUGUCCUCCACUCUAGGAAAUGGACUGACAAAACCGGACAUGAACAACAGCUCUUCGCCGGUAUUUCCGAUGCAUCCGAGACAACAGCACCAGUUCAAUCCCAGAGCUCUCCUGGAAAACCAAACCCCUGUUUCCAUGGUCGCGUCACAGCAUUUGCAGCAGCAACCCCCAGCUCCAGCUCCAGCUCCAGCACCAGCCCCUGCAAAUGAUUCUUCUUCUCAGCAUGCUCAACCGGCUGUGAAGGCUGUUGGCUUCACUAUCCAGCAGUUGAUGGUACUGCGCGCCCAAAUCCUAGCUUUCCGUCGCUUAAAGCGUGGCGAUCGUUCCUUCACAUCAGACAUGAUCCGUGCUAUAACUCCGACUCCUUUAGGAGUCCCGCCACAGAAACAAGGGGCAUUGGCGUUGCCUCCACCCGAAACCAGCCAGCCGAAGGUCUUGAACGAAACUGCUGACGAAAAAUCGCAUCGUGAAUCUCCAGUUAAAACUCAAGAUGGUGGCUCAGAAUUAGAACAAAGUUUGAAGGGCUCAGGAAUGCAGCAAGCGUCCUCACAGAGUGAAGCUGUCAAAAGUGUCCAAGAGGUGGUGCCAACUAAGUCUGUGGUCGAGGACGAGAAGCAGGCGGAUUCGAAUGAAAACAAUGGGAUCGAUCUUUCAACUCAGCAAUCAAACACUUCUCGGCUACCUAGCAAAACGCCGGCAAGCAAGCGUUACCGUGGUCCUUUAUUCGACUUCCCUCCUCUUGGUAAGAAACCGGAGGCCAGUUUGCUUCCUACUCCGAAUGUUUGGGGACCGCCAGCGUCCCUGAAAUACGACGUCCGGGAGCUUCUACUUCAGGAGGGGUUAAGAAUAAUUGGCAAGAAGAAGGCUAAGAAGCUCAAAGUCAUUGAAAUGCUACUGUCGGAUGGUAACUUGAACGUACCUUCUGAACUCAAGCUGAAGCUACGGAUCGAGCAGAGGAAGUUAGUGCUUCUCAAGAUGCAAGGGAAGGUUAGAAAUGAAAUCGAGGAACAGCAACAGGAGAUCAUGGCCAUGGGUGAUAGAGCUUACCGGAAAUUUGUUCGUCUAUGUGAGCGUCAGAGGAUGGAGAUUUCAAGACAAGUUAUGGUGCUGCAAAAGACAAGCAAGGAAAAGUAUCUCAAGGGCAUAUUUCAGUGGCGGAAGAAGCUCCUUGAAGCACAUUGGUCUGCUCGGGAUUCUCGUAUCAACCGUAACCGAGGUAUUGCAAAGUUCCACGAGAAACUUCUACGAGAGUUCUCGAAAAGGAAAGACGAAGAUCGCAGUAAGAGAAUGGAAGCUUUAAAGAACAACGACGUCGAUGCAUACAGGGCGAUGUUGAUAAAGCAGCAGAAAGAAAUUCCCGGUGAUGCUCAGCAGCGAUUUGAGGUCCUGGAAUCUUUCUUGUCUCAAACAGAAGAUUAUCUUCACAAGCUUGGAGGAAAGAUAUCGUCUGUCAAGACUCAGCAGGAAAGAGAAGAAGCUGCAUUAGCUGCUGCUGCUUCUGCGCGAUCUCAAGGGUUUUCCGAAGAGGAAGUUGAACGUGCUGCCGCUCAAGCGAGUGAAGCUGUAGCAUUGAGGAGCUGGAACUGUGCUACAUCCAAUUCUGUAAAUAAGUACUAUACUCUGGCUCAUGCAGUGAACGAGCAAAUAUUGAGGCAGCCGUCAAUGCUUCGGGCGGGAAUAUUACGUGACUAUCAGCUGGUCGGUCUUCAAUGGAUGCUUUCUUUGUACAAUAACAGACUAAAUGGUAUCCUUGCCGAUGAAAUGGGAUUGGGAAAGACUGUACAGGUUAUGGCGCUCAUUGCAUACUUGAUGGAGUUCAAAGGAAAUUACGGACCACAUCUUAUUAUUGUUCCCAACGCAGUCAUAGUGAACUGGAAGAGUGAGCUGCUCCGAUGGUUGCCUUCCGUGAGCUCCAUAUUUUAUGUUGGUGUAAGAGAAGACCGCUCUAGGAUUUACUCACAGGAAGUUGCUGCAUUGAAGUUCAAUGUUCUAGUUACUACGUACGAGUUUAUAAUGCGCGACAGAUCAAAACUAGCAAAAGUUGAUUGGAAGUAUAUUAUUAUAGACGAGGCUCAGCGUAUGAAAGAUCGAGAGUCCCGUCUUGCUCGUGACUUGGAUCGUUUUCGCUGUCAAAGGCGGCUGCUUCUAACCGGCACCCCUCUGCAAAACGAUCUACAUGAGCUGUGGUCGCUUUUAAAUCUACUCCUUCCUGAAGUCUUUGACAACAGUAAAGCUUUUCACGACUGGUUCUCAAAGCCAUUCCAAAGAGAUGCCAAUACACUUGAGGAUGAUUGGCUUGAAACGGAAAAGAAAGUCAUCGUUAUUCACCGGCUGCAUCAAAUACUUGAGCCCUUUAUGCUUAGACGGCGGGUUGAAGAUGUCGAGGGGUCUCUUCCGCCCAAGGUCCCUGUUGUUUUGAAGUGUAAAAUGUCAUCUUUUCAAGCAGCAAUAUACGACUGGGUGAAGGCAACUGGUACUAUUCGUCUGGAUCCAGCCGAUGAGGAAGAAAGGGUGGCCAGUGGCAAUGGCAAGCGACAGGCCAGGGCUUAUGCUCCGUUACAGAACAAGUGCAUGGAGCUGAGAAAAGUGUGCAACCAUCCUUAUCUUAAUUAUCCUCCACACUGUCGACUCUUCAACGAGAACAUGGUUCGGAUGUGUGGGAAACUUUGGAUACUUGAUAGGAUAUUGAUCAAGCUACAGAGGUCGGGCCACCGGGUUUUACUCUUCAGCACAAUGACGAAGUUGCUAGAUAUCCUGGAGGAUUACCUACAGUGGCGUGGUCUGAUAUAUCGACGAAUUGAUGGGACAACCCCUCUGGACUCCCGAGAAACUGCUAUUGUGGACUUCAAUGCGCCUGGUUCCCAGUGCUUCAUCUUUUUGCUCAGCAUCCGGGCAGCAGGUCGUGGUUUGAAUCUCCAGACAGCAGAUACAGUGGUUAUAUACGAUCCUGAUCCAAAUCCAAAGAACGAGGAGCAGGCUGUAGCACGAGCUCAUCGUAUUGGACAGAAGUCAGAGGUGAAGGUGAUAUACAUGGAAGCUGUUGUGGAGUCGUUCACCAGCUAUCAAAUGGAGGACGAGCUCCGAAAUGGAGGUUCCCUGGACGUUGACGAUGAUAUGGCGGGGAAGGAUAGAUACAUGGGGUCCGUAGAAAGCCUUGUCCGGAAUAAUAUUCAGCAGCACAAGAUAGAUAUGGCCGAUGAAGUGAUCAAUGCGGGCCGUUUCGAUCAGAGGACUACACACGAAGAGCGUCGCAUGACGUUGGAAGCGCUCUUGCAUGACGAGGAGAGAUAUCAGGAGUCGGUUCACGAUGUUCCAACGUUGAAAGAAGUGAACAGGAUGAUUGCCAGGAGUGAAGAAGAAGUCGAGCUUUUCGAUCAAAUGGACGAAGAAUGUGACUGGCCUGGUGAAAUGGUUGCAUACGACGAGGUCCCGGAGUGGCUUCACGUUGGCUCGGACGAGGUGAAUGCAGCUAUCAAAGCUACGUCCAAGCAGGCAUUAGUGAAGGGAUUUUCAGGUAUGUCAGGUAUUAUAGGAACGAAGGCAGAGGAAGAUAGAAUACUGGCGAAGAAGGCGUUGUCAAGAAAGAACUUCACUGUGAUACACGAUCACAAGGGACUCAAGCCGGCAAGACGAGGUCGACCUCCAUUUGAGGUGAAGGUUCCGCCUACAGAAAUAGAGGACGACGAAGAUCUCGAAGAAGUUGUUGUAGAGGAAGAGUCUUCAUCCGGAGAAGAUGAGGAAGAAGGUGAAAUAAGGGACGGCUCUGAUGAGGAGGAAGACGAUACUGGGCGGCAGCAACAGGAUGAUGUUGAUGAGAUGGAUGACGAGGCAGAAGCUGUGGCAGAAUCGUCUGACGAAAGAGAAGGAAGCCCAGAACCACGAGUUGAAUUACAAGUGGUAGACUCCAAAAAGUUUGGAUCGCUGGCGGCGUUGGGAAGCAGAUCUAACCAAGAUCUUGAUGGCGAGGAUUUGGAAGAAGGUGAAAUCGCGGCCUCGGGUGACUCUCCCGGAGAUAGUCCUUCCGAAAAGGAUCCAGACGAAGACCAGAUUGUGGAGCCACGAAGAAAACGCAAGCGAAGUGCCCGUCACCGGCGCAAGGUUGGCGUUGGAGCGGGAAAUGUACCUGUUCAAGGUGUAUUUCCUGUUGGCUUUCUGCAAACGUGGCCGGGAUACAGCGAAUAUGAACGUCCUGAUGUAUGGAGCAUCACGCCUAGGCCAGCAACGUUCAUUCACACUGGCUUUGCUAAUUGGAGCUCGCAAGCAGCAUCAAAGCAGGUAAGAGUCAAUGGAUUCCAAGAGCUGGCAGAAGAAGUCGCCGUCGCUGAGAUGAAAGAAACUCGGACUGUUAGAGGAGGUGCAAGAAUGCAGGACAACGUCCAGAAGAAGUGCAAAGCUGUCUUGAGCAAGCUGCAAGGUGCAAUGAACAAGGACGGGCGACAGGUAUCCGCUUUGUUAAUGGAGCUUCCCAAGCGGCACGAGCUUCCAGACUACUACAAAGUCAUCGACAAGCCGAUUGACGCAAAAACGAUCGAAGAGCACCUGGAGCGCUUCGAUUAUGCUACGGUGCUGGAUUUCGCGGGUGACGUGCAGCUCAUGCUGGACAACGCCUCCCGCUACAACACACACAACGCCGAGGUGCAGGCAGAUGCUCGACGACUGCAUUCACUCUUCUUCCAAAGGAUGGGCUUGAUGUUUCCAGACGUGGACUUCAACUCCAUAAAGAUCAACAUCGGCAUCCGCAUGAGCGGCUCGAGAUCAUCUCGCAAGCAACGACAGGUAUUCGCAGAGGCCGGCAGAUUAACGCCAGCAGCAGCACCACCACCACAGCAGGAAAAAGAGGACGAGGGAACAGGUAGCGUUAGUAGAGGCAAGGAUAGCAGCAGUAGAAAGAAGACGAGGCCAGGUGAUAGAGAUAGACAGGACCAAGUUACUCACCCAGCUGAUCUAGUGAUUUGCAAGAGGAAGAGGAACAGCCGGAGAAAGCCGCGGAUCAAAGUUUCAAACAAGCGAAAGAGGGGUCAAGCGAGCGUAGAUCAAGGCAGCAGCAGCACUACUAUCAGCGCCAGGAGAGAUUCGAGCAGUAAAGGAGGGAUCAAGAGCAUGGUAGACGAUGGCGGGCCGCUUAGCUGGGCUCGAGCUCGCAAAGUUUACAGCGUGAUGCUAUCGUCGUCCUCGCCAUCGCCACCAGUAGUAGUAGCUCACAGGGAUGGAGGAAACGAUGGAACGAUUCACCAUCCCAGGAAGAAAUCCAGGACUGAUACCGCUAGGCGAAGGCCUUCUACUCGACUGUAAUUUUAUUUUUAUUUUUAUCCUUUUUUUUUCCAUGUUAAAGUGAGUGUUGUUAAUACUAAAAGCCCACUCCUUUUGUUUUUAUAAUAAAGCAAGUUAUAAAAAUGUAA